AUGAAUAUCCGUCUUCUCUCCUUUCAAUGUGCUUUUCGUACUCUCUCCUGCAAUGAGGCGGCUGUUACUCCCAACGGUAUUAAUUUUUCCGGUCCUGGUUUUAAUCGCAUAUUCGCUGAUGAAAAACUCUUGUCCGUACUUACUGAACGAAUGCCCUCUGGAGCUAAGACUCUGGAUGAACGAAUUGUGACCGUGUGCAGUGGACUCGACCUUGUCAACAUAUCCUACACCAAUUUUGUUGCAACUUCUCCUGAAGUGGCUUCGCUCUGGAUUCAAUCGGUUCGAGGUCUCACUCACAACACCAAAGCCCAGAAUGUCUGUCCAAUGACUCAACUCCGGAAGCAAACUGUUGUCUUUUCGGGUAGUCAAGGUAGCGCCUACAAUUGGUUGCGAAUAACUUUAACUGUGAACCCCCGUGGAAAGAUCCCUGUUCGAGUGGUGACAAAGACUUUUGCUUCGGGUCGGAACGAGCGAAUUAUCUUCCAAAGUCUCAAGGAUCUGGGUCUACCCUCUGGAAAGAAUGACGAAGUUGAGCCCUCUGAAUUCACGUUUGAACGUUUCUACGAACUCUACCACAAGAUCUGUCCUCGAACUGACAUCGAGGAGUUAUUUAAGUCCCUAUCCAACGGCAAGGACACAAUAUCUGUGGAAAAGAUGAUUGAAUUCCUCAACGAGGUUCAACGUGAUCCUCGUUUGAAUGAGAUUCUUUAUCCCUACGCCAAUCACCAAACCAUCCGCUACAUUCAAGAGACCUACGACUCACGUGAUAAGAAUUCAAAUUCUGGUAUGUGUCGAACAGUUAGCUCCUUAUCGAACCUCUACGCCAUCUGUGUUUUCCUGGUUGGUCUGCUUUCUUCCGAACUGGGUAAUGAGGUUGCCAGCUUUCCUACUUCCCACCAUUCAUGCUUAGCAGCGGCUCGCAACAUCAUUUGUAUUCUUAUGUCCCAUACAGUGAAUUUGAAGGGUUUCUACCGCUAUUUGAUGUCAGAUGACAAUGCUCCGGUGUUUCUCGAUCGGCUAGAUAUCUACCAAGAUAUGGAUCAGCCGCUUUGCCAUUACUACAUCAAUUCCUCCCACAAUACCUACCUUAUUGGUCGACAAUUUGGCGGCAAAUCCUCAGUGGAGAUCUAUCGACAGGUUCUUCUUGCUGGCUGUCGAUGCAUUGAACUCGACUGCUGGGAUGGCAAAGGUGAAGACCAAGAACCCAUAAUUACUCAUGGAAAAGCAAUGUGCUCCGACAUUCUCUUUAAAGAUGUGAUAUACGCAGUCCGCGACACGGCCUUCGUAACUUCGGAUUACCCUCUCAUUAUGUCUUUCGAAAACCACUGCAGCAAACACCAGCAAUUUAAAUUGGCCAAGUACUGUGAAGAAAUCCUUGGUGAUCUGCUAUUGAAAAGCCCGCUUGAUAAAUAUCCCCUUGAACCCGGCGUUCCGCUCCCAUCUCCUGAAAAACUAAAGCGAAAAAUCCUCAUCAAGAAUAAGCGUCUAGAUCCUGAAGUCGAGAAGCAUCAACUUGAAUUAUUCAUGAAGGGUCAAGCAGAUCCAGUUCAAGAAGAGGAUGAUGUUGCGGAAGAUCCGGAUACUGUUACACCAGUGGAGUGUGAUGUUGCACCCAUUAACGGUGAUAUAGAUCCCCAUCCUGAGGCGAAAAUUCGACCCGGUUCUGGUCAAAUGAACACCCUUUCAACUAGUGCUGUGUUUCCUUCAUCCCUUCUUGGUAAACUCUCUGAAACGGAGAUGAAGCGACUGGUCACAAAGAAGGGCAGUUUAACAGCCGAAGAGGAGCAGGCAAUGUUAGCCCAGUACAUUUAUACUGGCGCAACCAAAACCAUCCAUCCCCUCCUUUCCUCCAUGGUCAACUACGCUCAGCCUGUUAAGUUCCAGGGCUUUGAUUAUGCAGAAGGCCAACGCAAGUCUUUCGAAAUGUCGUCUUUCAACGAGAAUGCUGCUCUCGGUCUCAUCAAACGCAGUUGCACGGAAUUUGUUUGCUACAACAAACGCCAAAUGAGUCGAAUAUACCCUAGAGGAAAUCGGGUAGAGUCGAGCAACUAUAUGCCUCAGAUUUUCUGGAACGCAGGCUGCCAGAUGGUGGCUCUGAAUUUUCAAACUCCUGAUCUUGCUAUGCAGUUGAACCAGGGAAAAUUUGAGUACAAUGGCAAUUGUGGUUAUCUCCUGAAACCGGAAUUUAUGCGACGUCCAGAACGUCAGUUUGAUCCCUUCUCGGAGUCUCCAAUGGAUGGAGUCAUUGCGGCCACAUGUGAAGUGCGGAUCAUUUCUGGUCAAUUCCUCUCCGAUCGAAAAGUGGGUACCUACGUGGAGGUGGAUAUGUAUGGUCUGCCCACUGAUACUAUUCGAAAGGAAUUCCGAACUCGGGUUGUCCCUAACAACGGCCUCAAUCCGGUCUAUGGAGAUGAUGCUGCCUUUGUUUUCAGAAAGGUGGUGUUACCAGAUUUGGCUGUUCUGCGUUUCGCGGUUUACGAGGACACAGGAAAAUUGAUAGGUCAACGAGUGUUGCCCUUAGACGGACUCCAACCGGGCUAUCGUCACAUCCCUCUUCGAACUGAGGGCAAUUUUCCACUCUCCCUCCCCACUCUCUUUUGUCGCGUCUCCCUCACAACCUAUGUCCCAGAAGGACUCAAUGACCUUGUCGAUGCCCUCUCUGACCCCCGAGCGUUUCUCAGCAAAGAGGAGCAACGCAUGAAACAGUUGCGUUUGCUUCGAUUUCUUCCCAAUAAGAUGAGUCUAGUUAAACGUUCUAGACGAAAACGCAGGAAGCUCGCAAGUAUGGGUAUAGAUUCCUCAGAGAUAGACGAAGUUCCCACCUCCUCCACAAAAAAUUUCAACAUGUUGAAGCAACGCCCAGUAGGUAGUGGAGCGAACCUCAGUGCCAACGUUCCUGGAACCUCUUCGGGCGCAACAGGUGGAUUGGGGGCUCCUGGUAGUUCGGGAGUCGCAGGAGGUCUAGGACUUCCUGCUCUGGGGGGUUCCAGUGACCAUCGACUAGGUGGCGGUGUCGCUAGUAGUGGUCUUGCUUCUUCCUCUGGGAAUGCCGGUGUUUCUUGUCAAACUCCUGGCGCAUCUGGAAACAGCGCAAAGAAAGAGGAGAAGAAAGAGGAUCCCAAAUUCCCGCCAAUCUCCUUAUCAAUGCUACGGGGUGAUAAAAACUAUAGGAAGUUGGUUAAAAAACAGCAGAAGGAGGUGGAGAUUCUGCGAAGAAAGCAUGAGAAAGAGGCUAACACGAUGCUGAGAACUCAUUCCAUCUACACCGAUAAACUCAAUGCCCUUCAUGCCAAAGCUUCUUCCUCGUCUGCUUCUAAUCUCCGAAGUACUCCGCAAAAGAGUACUGAUGCUGUUCUUACUGUUUCUGCAGUCAUUGAGGUUCAUGAAACUUUCAUGUCACGAAUUCUACACUUUAGUAUGCUGCUUCACCUACAUAAUACGCAAUUACCUUCAGGUAUGAAUUUUGCGCUUCGUAAGUACAUUUCACACCUUGUUCUUUGCUAUUUUUACUUCGCUUUCGACGACCAGGUUCAAUGCCAGGUGGUGAAUGGAGUUGGAGGCGCGUCGUUGAAAGAAGCGCACAUGAUGCAAAUGAAUGAGCUUGUACGCCAGCAGACUGACGAGUGGAGUAAGCUGAAAUGCAAUCAGAUGAAUGAGCUCCACACUCUCAUUCUUGCCUUUAUGGACACUCGAAGGGAGCUUCUUUUGAAGAUUCUUCGAGAUGCUCACGAAGAGCAGAAACGCCAAUUAAAGCAGAUUCAGGAACGCGAAAAUCGGGAGAUGAAAGCCCAGCAGAUCAAAAUCUCCCUUGAUUCCAAACGCAAUGUUAUGAACGAUCCGAAGUUGAAGAACAAGGCAGAACGUGAUCGACGGAAUCGUGAACUGAAAGACUAUAAUACUAAGCGUUUCAUCGAUCAACGAAAGGCGCAAGCUCAACGAAAUGAUCGCCAAGUGCAAGAUCUCCUUAGAAGGCAUGAAGAAGAGGAACAGGGUGUGAUAGCUGGCGUAAAUAGAGAGCGAGACGAAUGGAUUCAAAGCUACUUGGAAGAUCGGCUUCUCAGUUCAGCAUACCUUUCAGAAGGCAAUAUGUGA